GGCCGCCGCCGCUCCGUGCCGGCUCUGCGAGAACCGACUGGUCAUGAGUCGGGCCCUUUAAGGGCCGCUCCCGAGGAGGUGCCAGGCCCAAGCAGCUCCACUCUCUCCUUCCUGGUUGUGCGAAGUCUGGGGCUGACCGUGGGCUGUGGGAGGGGUCGUGCGGGGUGCUCGCCCAGGUGACCCGGGCCUGCCCCAUGGCGUUGGUCACUGUGAGUCGCUCGCCGCCUGCUAGUGGUCACUCCACGCCUGUGGGAUCCACGCAGGUCAGAAGCAGAGGCCGGCUCCAGCGAAGGCAGAGUUUUGCGGUGCUCCGAGGGGCGGUCCUGGGACUUCAGGAUGGAGGGGACAGUAACGAUGCAGCUGAGGCCGACUCUGGGCCAACUGAGGAACCCUCGGGUGAGGGGCAGCCCACUGAGGACCAGAUGGACAACGGGCAAGGAUUCCAGAGUCCCUGGAAACAAGUGCAAAAGCAGCACCUGCACCUCAUGGUGGAGCUGCUGAGGCCACAGGAUAACAUCCGCCUGGCAGCCCAGCUGGAGGCAGCCAGGCCCCCAAGACUUCGCUACCUGCUGGUAGUGUCCACAGGAGAGUGUCUGAGUGAGGAUGAGACCGUCCUUCUUGGGGUGGACUUCCCUGACAGCAGCUCCCACAGCUGCACCCUGGGCCUGGUCUUGCCCCUCUGGAGUGAUACCCAGGUGUACCUGGACGGCGAUGGGGGCUUCAGUGUGACAUCUGGUGGUCAGAGCCGAAUCUUCAAGCCUGUCUCCAUCCAGACCAUGUGGGCCACGCUGCAGGUACUACACCAAGCAUGUGAGGCAGCUCUAGGCAGUGGUCUUGUGCCUGGUGGCAGUGCCCUUGCCUGGGCCACUCACUACCAGGAGAAACUGAACUCUGACCAGAGUUGCCUCAAUGAGUGGAUGGCCAUGUCUGACCUGGAGUCCCUUCGACCACCUAGUGCUGAGCCUGGACAGAUCACUGCCAGGGCCUCAGAACAGGAGCAGAUGGAGCAGGCGAUCCUGGCUGAGUUGUGGCAGGUGCUGGACACCAGUGACCUGGACAGUGUGACUUCCAAAGAGAUCCGUCAAGCCCUGGAGCUGCGUCUGGGAUGCCCCCUCCAGCAGUACCGGGACUUUAUCGACAACCACAUGUUGCUGCUCAUGGCCCAGCAAGACCGGCCCUCCCGGAUCUUCCCCCACCUCUACCUGGGCUCUGAGUGGAAUGCUGCCAAUCUGGAGGAACUUCAGAGAAACAGGGUAAGUCAUAUCCUGAACAUGGCCCGGGAGAUUGACAACUUCUUUCCUGAGCGCUUCACCUACCACAACGUACGCGUGUGGGAUGAGGAGUCCGCACAGCUGCUGCCCCACUGGAAGGAGACACAUCGCUUCAUUGAGGACGCCAGAGCACAGGGUACUCGGGUGCUCGUCCACUGUAAGAUGGGUGUCAGCCGUUCUGCUGCCACAGUGCUGGCCUAUGCCAUGAAGCAGUAUGGCUGGGGCCUGGAGCAAGCCCUGAUCCACGUGCAGGAGCUCCGGCCCAUUGUGCGCCCCAACCCCGGCUUCCUGCGCCAGCUACAGACCUACCAGGGCAUCUUGACUGCCAGCCGGCAGAGCCAUGUCUGGGAGCAGAAAGUGGGUGUGGUCUCCCUGGAGGAGCCCCCGCCACCUGAGGUUUCUACACCACUGCCACCUCUUCCACCAGAACCAGGGGGCAGUGAGAAGGGGAUGGUUUUGGGCUUGGAGGAAAGCCAGGAAACCCCAAAAGAAGAGCUUGGGCUUCGGCCCCGCAUCAACCUCCGAGGGGUCAUGCGCUCUAUCAGUCUCCUGGAGCCAGAGAGUACCCCAGAGGCUGGAGGCAUGCCUGAGGUUUUCUCUUCCCAUGAGUCUUCCGAUGAAGAGCCUCUUCACCCCCUCUCUCAGCUUUCAAGAGCCAAAGGUGGCCAGCGGGUCCGAAAGGGGCCUUGGCCUGCCCUGAAGUCUCGCCAGUCUGUGGUUGCCCUUCAUAGCGCUGCCCUAGUAGCCAGCAGAACCCAGGCCUUCCAGGAACAGGGGCAAGGGCAAGGGCAGGGGAAGGCUGGUGUGUCUACACCUAGGCUCCGGAAGAUGAUGAGGCAGGCCAGUUUAGAUGACAGCAGAGAGGAGGGCGAGGCCUAAGCCCUUACACUAGGGCUCCUAGACACUAAACAGAGAUUGGUCACAGUUUCUCAGAUGAGCUCCCUUUGCACCUAUGGGCCUGCAUGCUCCCUAUAGCUUCCCCCCACCCCCCCAGCAGUCCCCAGACCCUUGUCACUUCCUGCAGCCUUAGGUUUCAGACCCAUGUCUACCUGUCAAGGGCUCAAGACUUUUUUUCUAUUAUAGGGUAUUGGUAGAGACAUUCAAGGUGCCUUUAAGGGUAAUUACACCCUGGUUUCAUUUUCCACUCACCCUCUAACUUUAUGCAGCCAUGGAAUUAAAACCAGAAAUUUUUAGGACAGUUUUUCUAGUUCACGUCUCCCUGGCUCUCAACUUCUGGCCAUUCCACUCUGUGUAACCCUCCUCUCCCGCGGUCCUACAGGCAGCUAGGCCAGGGAACCAGUGGCCACAAAGGCAGAUAGCACUUUUAGACCCCAGCCCAACAGGCUCUGAGGGGCCUCACAGACCACCCACCACCCACACAAUUGACCAGAAUCUCUGCUGCUGCCCCAGUUUUCCCAGGGCCCUCACUGGGUCACAGGGCACUGGGCUAAAGAGAGUCUUCUUGUUCUUGAAGAUCUCUGGCUGGUCAAGUUUUUCAAAGUCGUAUAGUAUCUGGCUUUGUACUGAGAAAUAAAAGACAUUUUCAUAUUAA